UCGCAUCGUGACCGCCUCGUCUGUUUUAACACUCUCACCGGACCGCUCGGUGGAUCGAUCGGUGGAAGAACCGGGACGUAUACGCGUGUCAUCGUCGAUCGUUAAUCGUCUACCUCGAGAAGACGUAGAAAAGGAGAGUAGAGACAAAGAGAGAGGAAGAAAGAUAGAGAGAGCCAUGAGACUAGCAGCAGUGCUGACGUUGCUGUGCUGUCUGGCGAUAGGGGCACUCGCCUCGCCGGUGCCUAAGAUUGCUGACAGCAAGGUGUCGACACAGAAUGUUGUCGCGACCGGCAGGCAAGCGCCCGCGGCGCCAGCCGCCACCGACGAUGAUGAUGACGACGACGACGACGAUGACGACGACGUCGACAUAGAUAUCACCGAUGAUGAUGACGACGAUGAUGAUGACGACGACGAUGACGACGACGACGACGACGACGAUGAUGACGGCGAUUAUUUGGAGCGUUUUAUUGAAGACAUACUUGGAGGAGAGGAAGACGACGAUGAUGACGACGAGGAUGAAGCUUCACCGGCAGCUGUUCCAUCCGCCGUGACACCUCCACCCACCCCCGUCAAUUCGCCGCAGGUGCCGCUUGCCGUGGCGGCUGAUUUGAAUCAGGCCAGUGAGGAAGCUGCGGAGGAUGCCGCGUCAAGUGAAACGGCCGAGGACGAUGCCAGCAGCUACGAGGAUGAGGCGGGUGACGCUGCUGAGAACCAGGCUGCAUCCAACAUUCACGAGACGACGUUCGAAGGUGCCGAGUCCGUCUCGAACCCGGUAUCAAUCCAGGCCGUUCCCAGCGUUGCAGCGGCUGCUCCGACCAGCGACGAGGACGAUGAUGAUGACGAUGAUGACGACGACGACGAUGUAGAUCUAGACAUCACGGACGAUGAUGACGACGACGACGAUGACGAUGAUGAUGAUGAUGAUGACGAUGAUGAUGACGACGACGACGUGGAUGAUAUCGCCGACAUCGCCGACGCUAGGCAUGCACGUGCCAUGGACUCCGAUUCGAGUGGUCACGUGUCAACGCAUGUAGCAAAAUAUAAUCGAUUGGUCGACAAUAUUCUCGACAAGAUCAACAAUAUUCUGCGGGCCAAUUAUGAACCGGUGACUGUGAAAUUAACGAAUUCAAAUUCAAGCUCCAAGAAGAACAAAAACAAGACUAAGAAAAAGGGCACCAAGAACGGUACCAAGAAGAGCGCCUCAAGGCCGAUCGACACGUCCGCUGUCCCUGAAAAGAGUGACAAUGAAAAUAAUAUCGAGAAAGUCACACAGACCAUUGAAUCUGUAACGCAAACAAACGAAAAAACGGAAAAAGAACCGAUUUCAUUGGAAUCUCCUGCAGAAAUGAGAUCUAAUAAUAGACGUACGACCAAUAAGAACAACAAGAACCCUAACAAGAAUCGCAAACGAACGAAGAAUAGGACGAAAAAUCAAAGCAGCAACAAGAACAAGACCAAGUCUAAGAGCAAACCAAAAGCGAGAGCCACUCUAUAUGGAUUGGCCUCCUUGCAGAGGACGGGCGACGUAUCGGUGAAUAUAAUGAGCGAUCACACGACAAUUAAGACCAAGUUCAGCCUGGGACCGCUGGUGCUGAAGGUCGAGAAAGAGUUUGGUAGGGCCGCGAAAAAAGAGCUGAGGAGCGCGACCGCUACUACAGCCGAGAUGUCUGGCAAGUUGAGCCUCCGUGUGCACGGCGGUGCGGCGACGCUGCAUUCUAUUCGAGUUUUGCAACCUAAACAGGUUCGAGUGGAAAGCCAAGACGAUCAUGACCGAACGCGGGAGUUUGUGUGGAAGAGAUCGUCGCAUAUCGCGCAUUUGGUGUCGCAGAAACUUUCCUCGGCCACCAGGUCAAUGCUUCGACCGCCGCCUGUUUCACCAGCAGCUUAAACUACAUACUCCUGCCGCUUCUUGGUCCAACUGAAACCAUCGGUAACCACUAAUCGAAGUGAGAAUUGAUCCACGAGGAAUCCUCAUUGAAGAUCGAAUGCAAUGUGAUGCGUGUCGCCUUUUACGGAGUAUACAUUUGCCGAGUCGCGAAAGCUGCGCGAUAUGACUUCGACAGAUUUCUUAAUCAUAUUAAUACAUCAUUUUUUUUACAUACUUGCGAGGGAAAGUAACGUUGAAAACGCAUGCAUGGUGUCCCACUUGCACUACGUUACUUUUUUUGACAGAUCGCUCAGUCAAUAUGGAAUUAAUUUUUCCUCAAGAGAAAAAUAUCGAGGCAUCUCAAUAAUUUCUCAAGUAACAAUUAAGAAUAAGAAGCUUUUGAUAAACUGUAAAAAACAUGACAAAAUUAUAUUCGAUUAAUGUAUUUUAAUUGAUUCUACGUGUUUUAUGUUAAAGAUAAAAAAAUUAACGACAUUUCUCUCGAAUAUUUUUGUUAAGGAAAAAUCGAUUCUAAAAGGAUUCAGAAAUGAUUAAUGCGGCAGAAGAGGAAUAUCCUAUAUUAUAUAGGUUUCACGUUGGACAAAUUUUGGCCGUACUUUAUUUAUUAUUUAUUUAUUUAUUUGUCAUAUAGUUUGUAAUUUAUCUUCAGAAAGUCUGAUAUAUUUAUGUAUUUUAGGAAUGCGGUUAAAUAUCGAAACACACACAAGCAUAGAUGCAAGCUAUUAUAUGAGAUAGGACGUUCUGUUUAGAUAAAUGUAAACAGAAAUUUAUUGCCAGAAUAUUAGAAUACAGAGAAUGUAUAUUAUAUACCAAAAGUAUGUUUACUUUAUGUGUUAAUUCUUAUUCCUUGAUUUUUUAGU